CCCCGCCGCCGCCUCAGACGGCCGCCAGCGCCCCCGGUACGGCACGGAGCCCCGCGGGCAGCCAUGAGCGCCGCCGGCCGCCACCGAUGGCUGCUGCUACUGCUGGCGGCGGCCUGCGGGCCGUGCCUCUCGGGCGAGUCUCACGCCCCGCAGCGGCGCUGGCCGGUGCCUUACAGGCGCUUUGAUUUCCGUCCAAAAACAGAUCCUUACUGCCAAGCUCGUUACACUUUUUGUCCCACUGGCUCUGCUAUUCCAGUUAUGCAAGAAGAAGAUAUUAUUGAAGUGUAUCGAUUACAGGCUCCAGUAUGGGAAUUUAAAUAUGGGGAUCUACUUGGACAUUUGAAAAUUAUGCAUGAUGCUGUGGGCUUCAAGAGCAGUUUAACUGGCAAAAACUACACAAUGGAGUGGUAUGAGCUCUUCCAGCUUGGGAACUGCACGUUUCCACAUCUCCGUCCUGGAAUGGAUGCACCGUUCUGGUGUAACCAGGGAGCUGCUUGCUUUUAUGAAGGAAUAGAUGAUGCACACUGGAAGGAAAACGGAACUCUGGUUCUUGUGACCAAAAUAUCAGGAACUAUGUUUAAUGAAAUGGCAAAAUGGGUGACGUACGACAAUGAGACAGGCAUUUACUAUGAAACCUGGACAGUUCAAGCAAGUCCUGAAAAAAAAUCAAUUGUAUGGUUUGACUCUUAUGAAUGCUCUAAAUUCAUACUGAGAACAUACCAGAAGUUGGCUGACCUGGGAGCUACGUUCAAUAAGAUCCAAACAAACUAUACCAGCAUAAUAUUAUUCAGUGGAGAACCUAUUUAUUUGGGAAAUGAAACAUCAAUUUUUGGACCUCUAGGAAACAAGACGCUGGCAGCAGCUAUAAGAGACUUCUACUAUCCCUUCAAACCUCACAAAACAGCCAGAGAGUUUUUUGUGGAUCUCUUAAAAAUAAUUGAUCGUGUCAUCUUGAAUCAUCAGUUUUACCUCUUUUACAACUUGGAAUACUGGUUUUUACCUAUGAAAUUCCCUUAUCUCAAAGUCGUUUAUGAAGAGGUUCCUUUGCCUGUUGGAAGCAAAACAUCUUUUGGUGUUUAAUUGCUGACAGCAGAACUAAACUAUGCUUUUGCCAGAAAAUGCCUGAGGAUUUUUGAGUACUCCUCUGAUGGUAUUAGCAGUGAAACAUAAAACGCUUUUAAUUGAACUUUUUUGGAGGGCAAGUUUUGCUAGACCACAGAAAAGAAUCUGUCUUCUUGCAAGUUGAAUAGCAGUGAUCUCUGACUGACAGUUCUGUUCAACUGUGAACACCAGCUGCCUAAGGGCAAGCUGAUAUGGUUCCAAUACAGACCUGAAUUACAGAGCUAGAGGCUGAGCAAGAGGCAGCUGCCACACAUGGCAACAGCUGGCACCUGGCUGCCACUGGAUGUGGGACACGAGCUGUACAAGGACCUUCUGGUGCAACCAAUUCUGCUGUGUGCUGGGGCUGGCUUGAGUGUCUGCUUCCCUCAGUAUGUGCCUUACUGCGUUUCUUUGGUUUGUAUGACUGGAGCCUAUGAGCUGUUCCACAUGUCACGAAAGAGAGGUUUGGUGAGGUGGGAAGAGGCAGCAAGUGUGUUAGAUGGUGUGUGGGGCGUAUCUUGUCACCACUUUGCUUCCUUCACCUGCAUUGUCAGCAAAAUACAGAUGUCUCUUCCCUGAA